CGGGGCCGGGCUCGGCAUGCGCGGAAGAUGGCGGCGGGCAGGCGCGGGGCGCGCAGCGGGCUGCUGGAGCUGCGCGGACCCGGAGGGCAGUGGCUCCGCGUCCUCCUCACCCUGAGCGAUGACACGCUGAGCGUCAACCCCGCCGACGGUCCCGGGCACGGGGAGCCGCCGGCGGCGCAGCUGAACGGAGGGGAGCACAGCUCCGGCGUGCCCGAGGCGCUCGCCAACAUCAGGCGUACGGUGCGCGUCGUCAAACAGGACGUGGGGGGGCUCGGCAUCAGCAUCAAAGGUGGCCGGGAGAACAAGAUGCCCAUCCUCAUCUCCAAGAUCUUCAAGGGACUGGCAGCAGAUCAGACCGAGGCGCUGUAUGUGGGAGAUGCCAUCCUGUCUGUGAAUGGCACCGACCUGUCUGAGGCCACGCACGACGAGGCGGUGCAGGCGCUGAAGAAGACGGGCAAAGAGGUGGUGCUGGAAGUGAAGUACAUGAAGGAGAUCUCACCUUACUUCAAGAACUCGGCGGCGGGGCCGACAGUCAGCUGGGACCCCUCUCCUGCUGCCCCACAGAAGCACUCAUCCCCCGUGCUGCCGCCCCGCGAGAGCCGCACGGUGCCGCUGCGGAUGUGCUACGUGUCCCGCAAGUGCCUCCCCGCUGACCCCGAGCACAGGUACCUGGAGGUGUGCUCGGCAGAUGGGCGCGUGGCUCUGUUCCUACGGGCGAAGGACGAGGCCACGGCACAGUCGUGGCUCGGGGCCAUCCAGAGCGCCGCGGGCGCGCUGCUGCCACGGGUGAAGGAUGAGCUGCGGGCGCAGCUGGCGGGUGCUGGCACAGUGAGCGGCAGGGAUGUCAAGCACGUGGGCUGGCUGACCGAGCAGCUGCCCGGUGCUGGCACCAGGAACCUGCUGGCGGUGCUGACCGAGAAGGAGCUGCUGCUGUAUGGCAGCCUGCCGCAGAGCCGUGAUGCGCUGGGCAAACCGGUGCACAGCUACCCACUGAUUGCCACCAGGUUGGUGCACUCGGGGCCCGCCAAGGGUUCGGCGCUGCUGGAAGCGGAGCUGGCGUUCGCGCUGCGGGCCGGAACGCGGCUGGGAGUGCAGAGCCACCUCUUCAGCCUGGAAAGCCCCCGAGAGCUGGCGCUCUGGACCCGCUUGCUGGUGGACGGCACCCACGGAGCCGCCGAGCUCGCACAGGAGGUGUCCGCAGCGUGCACCUGGAAAGGGCAGGAGUGCAUCCUGUCCAUCCACAUCGACAAAGGCUUCACCAUCUCCGCCACGGAGCCGGGGCUCAGCAGGACCGUGCUGCUCCAGCAGCCCUUCGAAAAGCUGCAGAUGUCCUCGGACGACGGCACCAAGAUGCUCUACCUGGACUUCGGAGGCCCCGAGGGAGAGAUCCAAUUGGACCUUCACUCCUGCCCCAAAACCAUUGUGUUCAUCAUCCACUCCUUCCUUUCGGCCAAGGUGACCCGGCUGGGGCUGCUGGCGUGAAUCCAGAGCGGGGUCCUGGCCCCCACCACAUCUAUGCACCUCCCUUCAGGCCACCUCCAGCCCGAAGCCCCCUGGUUGGGACGCAGCCCCCUGCAGGGUGAUGCCAUCCCAGUGCCAUCCUUGGGGGUGGCAGUGCCCGAUGGCUCCGUGCCUCCAUCCCUCCCUGCAGCGCUCGGUCAGAGCAGCCCCGUGGACACCACUCGAGUGCCUUGAGAUGAUAUUUUCUGUACAAAGAACCCAUUUGUAUGGAAGUUUUAUAUUUAUAUCACCCCCGGUGCAGAUGCUGAUGGGGCAGCACUCAUCUACCCGAGUCUCCCAGCACAGGGAUGGGGGUCUGCCUGCCCCCAACACAGCACAGCACAGCUCUGGGGGCCGGAUGGACAGGAGCUGCAGAUCAGCACUAUUUGCCAAAUCGUUCUGUGUCACAGCGUGCAACAGGAGCUGCUUUUCUUUGGGAUGGUUGGGCGCUUUGUUUGACUUUGCCAACUCCGCAUCGUUUUAUUUCUUGGUUCUGGGGGGAGGGCUGCCAGGUGGCUGCUGGGAAACAUGUCACAAACCAAAAGUUUCUGCAUGGAAAUGCCUCUUCUUGUCUGAUUUUGGUCAAAUAAACUCGCAGCUCACA